ACUCUAAGAAUUUCCCAUACCUACUACAUUAUGCAAUUUGGUUUGUUGAUUUUAUACUUGUCAUCCGUCAUUACUGCUUCAAACUGGGACACUUAUCCUCAGGUUCCUAAGACAGCUUCCAUUAACGGAUUCGCUGAUCCCAUAUAUUCAGAAUUACCAUCUUGUGCCAAAGACUGUGUUAAGGUAUCUGUUGGUAACACCCCAUGUCCAUACUGGGAUACCGGUUGUUUGUGUGUGAUGCCACAAUGGUCUGGCUUGGUCGGUCAGUGUAUUGCUGCAGACUGUGAAGGUGAAGAUGUCGUUAGUGCUACCUCUUUGGCCUACUCCUUAUGUUCUUCUGUUGGUGCCAAUCUUUGGUUAAUGCCUUCUUCGAUUACUGCUGCAUUGACUGCUGCUGCCGGUGUAUACAAUGAAGCUGUUCCUUCUCCUACUGAAACUGCAUUCAACUCUUUGUUGGGGUCGUUGGGGAUCUCUGUCGAAGUCCAAUCUAGCAGCAGUAUUACUUCAGAAGCUGAAGCUGAAGCCGAAGCUACUGGAAACAAUACUUCAUCCGAUUCGGACUCUAGUUCAGGUUCUAGUUCUGCUUCUAGCUCUGGCACAUCUAGCUCUUCCUCCUCUAGAGAUGGUGCCAUGGAAAUUAAAGUUACGGGAAGCUUAUUUAUGAUUAUUUUAGGCUCCCUAUUCGCUAUCCUCAUGUAAGACUUAAAUGCUUCAAUAUACAAGGUUGUACUCAAGUAAUAUUAGGCGAA